AUGAGUUAAUGGAAAGGUUCGAAUAAAUUAAAGGCUGGAAUUUUAUAUAUUCUUGCAGGUCUUUAUUUAUUAAUAGCAGGAAUAAUAUUUGCAAUUAAAAACAAUGAAGCUUAUGAAUACAGAGUUGAAUAUAGUUCACUUGAAAAUUGUAGUCCAAAAGCUGAAACUUGCUCUUUUUAAAUAAAUUUAGACUAAGAUUUGAAUCCUCCAAUUUUUAUACAUUACGAGUUAAAGAACUUCAAUUAAAACCAUCAAAUAUAUUUGGAUAAUUUUGAUAAUAGCUAAGUUUAUUAAAAUUCAAAUUAACCUUCUAAUCCAAAUUAAUGCACCGGUUUUAAAACAAAUAAAGAAAUAAAUAAAAAGCUAUUGAAAAUUUAAAAUUGGGAAAAUAAACAUUAUGUACCUGAUGAAAAUAAAAUUAUAAUGACAAACAUGAAUAAAAAAUUACUUCUUUCUACUUAAUUAGAUGACGUUGCUAUUCCUUGUGGAUUGAGAGCUUUUACUUAUUUUUAAGAUACUUAUUAAAUUUAAAGUCUAUAAGAUGGUGAAAUAAUUAAAAUUUAAAAUAAAAAUAUUGCUUGGGAAUAUGAUAGGAAAAAUAUUAAAAAUACUAAAAAUCCUGAAAAACAAUGGAUUGAUAUGGAAAACGGUUUUUUAUAAAUAAAUUUAUGUAUUAAUUUAUUUUUACAAAAAGAGCAUUUCUAAAAUUGGAUUAGACCUUCAGGAUUAUCGAAAUUUAAAAAACUUUGGGGAAGAAUAGAACAGAAAUUGACUAGUGGAUAAUAUAAAGUUACAGUAUAAAAUUAGUUUAAUGUUUCUUUGUAUGAUUCUACUAAAUCGUUCCUUUUAGGAACUGUUAAUUCAAUGGGAGGUAAAAAUAUAGUUUUAGUCAUAUCACAUUUAGUUUCUGGCUCUAUUAUAUUCGUUUUGGGUUUAUUCUUUUUAGUUUAUCAUUUUAAAAAAUGA